AUGGCAUUAUGGCCCCCAGUGGUACAGCUUUCAAUAUUGUACGACUCCAAUGCGUUGAGAAACAUUGGCAUACUCACUCAAUGGCUGCUUGAUUGCGUUUUAACAGGAAUGACCUGUGUGGCGCUUUAUCACUUCAAACAUCUUGGUAAGCGAAAACUCCUUAAAUUCUGUUGGAUAGAAGCGGCAGUGGGUGUCAUUGCAAACAUGGCAGUUCUUGCGAUAUUCCCAAGUAACUGGCUCCCAUGGCUUUUCAGUGCUUAUUGCUGGGCCAUGUUGGUUCUUCUGUACUAUACCGUUCCAGACACUCCUCGCUGGCUCGAGAAUGUGACCUUGUUAGGAUUGUUACCUCACAUCACCGGCUUUGUGGGAUACAUGCUAAGUGCAUUUGUGUGGCUUCAAUAUAAGGGAAAGUUUCAAAAUGGGUUUUCAUUUGUUUUGUUUCUGGUUGUCUGCGUUGCAGCUGGGCUUUUCAGUCUCGCCGUUCUUGGGCUAGGGUAUCCACAGAACUGGAAAGAAGAGAGAAGGGCCAGGUUACUGAGGCUAGAGGAGAUAAAUUCCUGGUUCCGCAUUGAGCAGGAAGUCAGCAUUCCAUAG